UACCCCCACCCUACCCCCACCCCUCCUCCUCGCCUGCUCUAGCCCUUUCCCUCUCCCCUCCCUCUCUACCAGACAGACAGAGAGACAGACAUGGCGUUCCUCUUUGGCGGCAAGAAGAAGCUGGGCAUCAUCGAGCUCGCAGGUCUGAUGAAGACCAAUCUAGAGGUGCUGACUUCGACAUCGUCGAGCAAGGCUGUGGGCAAGGCCCGGACGGAAAUGACCCGGGUGCUGGCGGAGACACGCAAGCUGGCCCUGCCCGACGAGGCUGCAGAUCCGGUGGCAGAGGCUGGCGGACUCUCGGGCGAGGGCUCCGAGUCGGCCGUCGCCGCCCUCGCUGCUGUCGUACUGGAGGACGAGCUGCUGGGCAACUUGCUGGAGAACCUGACGCUGCUGGAGUUUGAGGCGCGGAAGGAUGUGGUGGUCCUCUUUGAGCGGCUGGUCCGCGAGCAGGCCGACGGCGGGACCCGGUUUCCGGUGGUGGAAGCACUUUGUGCGCAUGACGAGGUGCUCUCGGUCAUCAUGCUCGGGUAUGGCAACACUGACAUUGCACUCAACUGUGGAGCAAUGAUGCGCGCGGCGCUGGCCCACGAGCCAGUCGCCCGGUGGUUGCUCCUGUCGGACGAGCUCUUUCUACUCUUUGAUCUGAUGGAGGACACCUCGUUUGACGUUGCCACCGACGCCUUCCUCACCUUUCGCCUCCUGCUCACCACCCACUCAGCGGCUGUCGGCGAGUUUAUGGAGCAGCACUACGUGCCGUUCUUCGAGUCGUACGCGCGGCUGCUGGUAUGCGAAAACUACGCCACCCGCAGGCAGUCGCUCUCGCUGCUUGGUGACUUUCUCCUCGACCGCUCCAACAUUGCAACCAUGAAGCGGUACAUCGCCUCGUCGCACAACCUCAAGACCAUCAUGCAGCUCCUCCGCGACAAGUCGCGCAACAUUCAGUUCGAGGCCUUCCAUGUCUUUAAGAUCUUUGUCGCCAACCCGACCAAGCCGCCGGCCGUCCUCCACAUCCUCAAGCGCAACGCCAACAAGCUUGUCAACUUUCUGGCCGACUUUCAAAAGGACCGCCGUGACGACACUCAGUUUGUCGAGGAAAAGGCGUACCUCAUCAACAUCAUCCAGUCCAUCCGCGACAACGACUCGGACUCGGACCCGCCGGCAGGCUCGUCGCCUGCGGCGCCCGUCUCGACCUCUCCCGCCACCUCGGCCGCUGCCGCUCCUGUCCAACCGCCGCCGCGAUCGUCGUCGUCUGCCGCCUCGGCCACGGCUGCCCAUGGCCGGCUGGCGUCUCCACCGUCAUCGUCGUCUUCUUCCUCAUCAUCGUCGUCGUCAAGCUCCUCCGGCACGUCCUCGGCUGGCGUCCUCGAGUACGACACUGGCACCGUCGUCAACCUGGCCACCGUUGUCCUCAAGGGCGUCCAUCAGCCGGUGAACAAUCCUACAAGCUAACCUCCAACGAUACACCCGGUCUUAUGGUGCCCGAAAUCAUAAAAGCAGCUCAGUCUG